UCCUGAAAAAUCUAAUUCACAAGUACUGCUGACCAACUUUCACUGGUACUUGCAAAAUGCAAUAAGCCAUAAGAACAGCAACAACAUCUAACAGCUGUGCUAAAAGGUAAAGUUCAGCAAGGCUUUGAGCAACUUCAUAUGUAGAAGUUACCUUUAAAAUGUAACUGUGAUUAGGUGUCUGCUAAACUAUUGCAUAGCUUAGAAACGUAAAACACAAAUCAGAUGUUAGCUCUGUCAUAUAAUGCACCAGAAGAGUGACAGUAACAGUACAGAUGAAUCAUUUCCCAUUUCCCACCCUGCCCUCAUGGUGCUCAUCAGCCUUAAGCUGUUGGCUAGCUGCACUACAGACAGACCAGUAACCACAACAUGAGCCCAUGACCAUACUUCAAACCUCUAGUUUCACUUCUUAACAACUGUUUUUAGAAUAAGUCGUCUUUUAAUGCCAGUCUUCCAGCUUUUUCUAGAAUUGGUCUGAAAGACGAGAGACUUUGUAUCUAUUUGUCCAUGGAGUUCCCAUUUUUUCAUGGAAAGAUAUCACGUAAAGCAUGUGAAGAACUGCUGUGCAAGAAAGGAAAGAAUGGUAGCUAUUUAAUACGAGAGAGCGAAAGCAUGGCUGGAGCCUUGUGUCUGUGUGUUUUCUUUGAAGAAAUGAUCUACACAUAUCGUAUCUUCAAGGAAUACAAUGGAUAUUAUAAAAUACAGACUGCUGAAGGUGUUCCAGAAAAGGUCUUCAGAACAUUAAAGGAUUUAAUAUAUAACUAUGAAAAGCCAAACCAAGGGAUAGUAACAAAGCUUCGCUACCCAGUCAAGAAAACAAGCUCCUCACGAAGAAUCCAGAAGCUCAAGUUAGGAAAUGAUGACAUUUACAAUGAAAUUGAUGACAGUGAUUAUGUUGAUGUCUUAUCUUGAAUGAUCUGCAACCUGAUGAAUUGGAAAGGCACCAUUUUAGGCUGCACCACAGCACACCAACUGGAGAGAGUUAACAGUUGGAUAUUCAAAGCUAUCUAUCUAUACCACUAGAAUUAGUGCCUUUUGUAGAUUAACAGAGCAACUGCAUUUUACCUCCAGUAGAUUCAGCACAAACUACUAUGUAUUUUUUGCUCAUCAUUAAGAGAAUUAGUUUUUCUGACAUGUGGAUAAUUAUAUGGGGGAAAGGGUGUGUGUACUUGUUUACUUGUGUAUGUGUAUUUGUUGUUUUUUUAAACAAACUUUCCAAGAUGCUGACUGAUGAACAUAGAAUCUGUUAUUUUAUAAAUCUUAUAUCUAAAGACAGCUGUCAAGUAGAUGGGGCCAGGCUCUUUUCAGUGGUGUCCAGCAACAAGACAAUGAACAAUGGGCACAAACUGGAACAUAGAAAGUUCUAUAUGAACAUGAGGAAGAACUUCUUUACUUUGAGGGUGACAGAGCACUGGCAUGUGCUGCCCAGAGAGGCAGGUUUCUUCUCAGGAGAUCUUCAAGACUUGUCUGGAUGUUUUCUUGUGCAACCGGGUGUAGAGAACUGGUUUAGCAGGGGUUUGGACUCAUGGGUGUCCAACUUUUUGGCUUGCCUGGGCCACAAUGAGUGAAAUUGUCUUGAGCCACACGUGAAGUAUAUAAUAUAGUUAUUUUAUAUAAGUAACGACAUUUAUUUUUUUAUUAAAGCGUAAGAAAAAGAGGACAAAAAAAAAAUCAUGAGUUUAGUAGGUCAGACAAUACACGGACUAGAUAAUCUCAGACAUCCCUUCCAAUCUCUAUGAUUCUGUGGUGUUGUGAAUCUGUUAAGAGAGCAUUGCAAAAAUAAUGAGUGUUCAUAAUAAAGCAGUAGCU